AUGGGCGGCCACUCCCCGUACCUGCCGUUCGCGGACCAGGCCAUCGACACGCCGAUACCGACGCAGAGACGCCGUCGGCCGUGCCUACUGCGUGUGGCCAUGCUCGCCAUCACCCUACUGCUUCUCCUGUACCUUCCUCGCUCCAACCUUCCCUACACUCUCGGUGUCAAGUCUAGUUGCAUUUACAAUCCUCGGAAUGGGACCGACCCGUUCCGCGGCAAGACCCUCGCCCCGUCGAAUUACUCUGUCGUCACGGGUCUGUUCCGCCAGACAGAGCCGGAUUUCGAUCCCGAGGGACACGUCGCCGACCUGAACCGUCACGCCGACGCCUCAACAACCUACAAAGUAAUCUACAUAGCCCGCCACGGCGAGGGCUACCACAACGUCGCUGAAUCGCACUAUGGCACCCCGGCGUGGAACUGCUACUGGUCUCUCCUGAACGGCGACGGGAACCUGACGUGGGGUCCUGAUCCAACCCUCACUCCAUUGGGGGAGGGACAGGCCGAGCGCGCGAAUGCGGGUUGGAAGGAGCAGAUUAAGGAGGGUGUUCCGCUGCCACAAGUACUCUACUCGUCUCCGUUCGCCCGCGCUGCCGCGACACUGCAUAUUACCUGGAAGGAUCUCCUGUUGAAGAAGGGUUUCGUGCCGCUGGUCAUGGAGCAAUGGCGCGAGAAUAUCGGACUGCAUACUUGUGAUUUGAGGCGGAGUAAGGCGCAGAUUGGGGAGGUGUUCCCCCACUUCGCCUUCGAGCCCAGCUUUACCGAACACGAUCCCUAUUGGGACGCCACGUAUAUAGAGACGGAGCCGCAGCGCGCAGUGCGCAUGCGCAUGGCGCUCAACGAGCUGUUUGCGCGCGACGCGCGUACAUUCAUCAGCAUCACGGCUCAUUCGGGGGUCAUCAACGCCUUCUUCAACGCAAUCGGCCACACUCCGUUCCAGGUACAGACGGGCGGGUUCGUCCCCGUCGUCAUCAAGGCCGUAUCGUACCCCUCAGCCACGAUGAGUGCUAUCAUAAGGGGACAGAGCGGGAUCGCGCCGAGCUGUACGGCCGACCCAGCGCCGGCAUCGCUCAUGACUGGCGGAGCGCGGGUGAGCGCCCAGCCGACGUGGUACCCACCCUGCGGUGACGGGUGUACCCCAACGCCAGUGACGGGGAUUCUACCCGCAUCAACCAUGCCUUGA